UGUUCUCGAGGAAGUAUGGCACGGGCUAAAGAAGCAGGGGACAGCCAGAUGGUGUCUGGUCAGGAGCCAUCUUCACGCAUCAUCAGAGUAUCUGUCAAGACCCCAUGGGACUGUCAGGAAUUUAUGCUGGCAGAAAAUAGCAGCGUCUACCACUUCAAGAAGCAGAUCUCCAAACACGUUCACUGUGACGCCGACCGACUGGUGCUCAUCUUUGCUGGAAAGUUCCUUCGGGAUCAAGACAUAUUGAGCCAACGUGGCAUUCUUGAUGGCACUACUGUCCAUUUGGUGGUGAGGACCCAUUUGAAAGGAUCGGCUGGUCUCAGAACUCUGCCAGGCCCCACAGGCCACUGCACUGAUCACUCUGGACCAUCAGCCUCUGGAGGGGCUAGAAUGCUAGGCAGGCUGGGCCGCCUGGCCCGGAGGUCACCGGAGGUGGCUGACUUCCUCGGCCAGCUGGCUCAACUCCUUAAGGCUUCACCUGAGUCUGGGGUGCAGUUCUUGGAAAAUCCUCUGGUUCAAGGCCUGGAAAGUGAGAAACCAACCAAUGUCAGCCACGUUCCUGAAACCUCAAGGCCAGUACAAAAACCUGAGCCAGCUCCCAAAACUCUGGAAACACUGCAGAGCCCAGAAUGGCGGCAGGAAUUCCUACAGGCAGAAAAACUGGGACUGGAGGCCUUGAAGGUAGUGCCAGGUGGUGACAAUGCUAUGCGUCCAGUUUGCUCUGACAUCCUUCAUUUCAUGCUCUCCACUCUGGCACCUUUGGUUGUCUCCAAAGGCCACAUCCCAGGUUUUGAGCCCUGGAAAGGGGAGGCCAAUGCUCACAGCAGUACUGACCCCACCAUGGUCAUUCCUACCACCUCAGCACCUGCCAGGCCACUGACACAAGAGAAGAGUGCAGGAAUAGUUGCCCAGGACAGGGGCAUGGCCUCAGAUCUGGCCAAUUCAGGGUACAGGAGCAGCAUGCUGGACUUAUACUCAAGCCAGGAUUUUCCAUCCCAGGAGACCCAUCGGCCCAUAGGAAAAUCUACUCUAACCAGUCAGCUGAGACCCUCACCCUCUGCCUUUCACAGAGCCUUGCAAAUCCUGCAGCAGAAUCCAGCUCUGCUACACCAGCUGGCAACGGAGAGCCCCCUGCUACAUCAUAUGCCAGUUCUUCCCAUCCUCACCAACCCACGAGCAGUGCAAGCAUUGAUACAGAUAGAACAGGGCCUGCAGACACUGUCUAGAGAGGUGCCUGGGCUGGGGCCCUGCUUAUGGAACACAGGCAGACCAUGUCAGGCUGGAGGAGCCCCUGAAUCUAGGGGUGGAGGACAGAGACAUAGAGCAGAUGCUGGACAAUCCACCUUGGCUGUUCUUCAGCUUCUCCAUACACUGGCCAAUGCCUGCUUCCAGUCUGCCCAAUCCUCACUAUCAUGCCCCCUCAGUGAAGGCCGCUACCAGCAAGAACUGGAGCACCUGAAGGCCAUGGGUUUUGCUAAUCGCGAUGCCAACCUGCAGGCCCUGAUGGCCACAGGCGGAGACAUCCGUGCUGCCAUUGAGAGGCUGCUGGGGGGUACUGCAGGCCUAGGUUCCUCCUGCUAA